AUGUUGGUGAACGAGCAAUCAUUGCUGGACGCAGACUGCCAGGUAUCUCUGCUGAAGCAGCAGGUUGCAAAACUCGUUGCCUGUGCAGCCGAGAAGGAGAUCCGGGAUCUCCACUAUAAGUAUGGAUAUUAUCUUGACAAGGGACUCUACAAGGAGGUGGUCGACUGCUUCUCCACCCGGCCGGACGCCUACAUGCAGUUCCUGAACGGACGGUUUUACGGUCCAUCUGGCAUCGGCCGCAUCUUCAAAGAUCGCUUUGGUGGGCGUUACAUGCCCGGCCGGAAUGGCCCCAUUUACGGUUACCUGCUCGACCAUAUGCUAUGCCAGGAAAUCAUUACAAUCAACGCGACGGUGACAGCGGCAAAAAUGCGAGGCAGAACCCUGAUGCAGGCCGGAACGCACGAAUCCAUGCCCGAUGAUAUUAAGAACGGGAAGAAGCAAUGGUGGGAAGGGGGCCUAUAUGAGAGCGAGUUUAUCCUGGAAAAUGGGAUGUGGAAGAUCUACCGCCUACGGUUUUUCCCAGUGUGGCACAGCGAUUUUGAGCAUGGGUGGAGAUAUACGAAGCCAGACUUCGUCCCUGGUUUCACAGCCAGCUUUCCUGAAGAUGCAUUGGGACCCGACGAAACUAUCUCAGGUCAUAUGCUGUGGCCGGAUACCAGGGUCGUUCCUUUCCAUUAUCAGCAUCCUUUGACGGCCCGGGAAGUCGAGGAGGAAGAUAUGAUGGCACCUCCAGUGGGCGAAAACACAGAAGCAUGCAAACGCCCACUUUCUAUCCCAGACCCAUCAUUCUAG